GGGCGGGGCCUGCGACUCUGGCUGCUCAGCGCCCCCGGGCGCAAGUCUAGUCGCGGAGGCGCACCAGUGGACGCAUCUUGGAGCAACAUGGCUGACAGCAAGGCCAAGCCUGCCAAAGCUGCCAACAAGACACCACCCAAGUCCCCAGGAGAUCCAGCCAAGGACAAGGCUGCUAAGAGGUUGUCACUGGAGUCAGAGGGUGCAAAUGAGGGGGCAGCUGCAGCUCCUGAGCUCAGUGCCCUGGAGGAGGCCUUCCGGCGGUUUGCAGUACAUGGGGACACCAGGGCAACAGGGAAGGAGAUGCAUGGCAAGAACUGGUCGAAACUGUGCAAGGAUUGCCACGUGAUCGAUGGGAAGAAUGUGACUGUCACUGAUGUGGACAUUGUCUUCAGCAAGAUCAAAGGGAAGUCCUGCAGGACCAUCACCUUUGAGCAGUUCCAGGAGGCACUGGAGGAGCUGGCCAGGAAGCGGUUCAAGGACAAGAGCAGCGAGGAGGCUGUGCGUGAGGUGCACCGGCUCAUUGAGGGACGAGCGCCUGUCAUCUCUGGUGUCACGAAAGCUGUGUCCUCACCUACAGUGUCACGGCUCACAGACACAACCAAGUUCACAGGCUCCCACAAAGAGCGAUUCGACCAGUCAGGAAAGGGCAAGGGCAAAGCUGGUCGUGUGGACCUAGUGGAUGAGUCAGGUUAUGUGCCUGGCUACAAGCAUGCAGGCACCUAUGACCAGAAGGUGCAGGGGGGCAAGUAGCCUUACAGGUCGAAGCUCUGGACACUGCAGGUGCCAGGCACAGGACUUACACCCAUUGCACUUCAUUACAUUCCUAUGUUCAACUGGGCAGAACUCAAAAUACACCUCCACUAGGCAAUGGUGGGGGCAAUGCCCAGGCCUCCUCCCGCUGGGUGCUUUGACACUUCUCUCUCAGACCCCAGGUUUGGGCCAUCAUUCAUUGUCCUUUCCUAACAUACCUGCCCUGUCCACAGCUGGGAAGUGGACCGCUACUUCCAAACUGUCUCCCAGGAUCAUACCACACUGGCCACUUGAUCUGCAGGUAAAAAGGGGUGUUUUGAGUGCUGUUAAGUAUAAGGAUGAACAGAGCAGACAUUAGAACUCACUGACUUAUCCAGGCACUUCUAGGGCAGUAGGAGCUAAGGAACUAAUCAACUGCACAGAGUAAUUCAUCUUUCCUGACCACAGGACAAGACUGAGGCUAUCUGGUUGUUGUGCCAGUGUGUGUGUGGAACAGCUCAUAUCAGUACACAUGUGUACACACACACACACACACACACACACACACACACACACACACACCUCAUGCUCAUCAACCAAGUUCUUGCUGAGGGUAGCCAAGAGACAAUGGAAGCCCCCUGGUUACCGGGGGAGUGACUUGGAGCAUGAAGCUGGAAGUUUUUUCAGUGCUGGUCUAAGAAAUGGCAAGACUAUGUGAUUGGUCUCAAGAGUGGUCCAGGGAAUCUAGAACAUGAAGCUGCCAUGACUUCUCCUUGCUCUAUCCCAUCACUAGGUUGGGACACAUAUGAUGCUGAGACAUUUGAUUCAGACCAAGCCUGGGCAGUUUUUCCACCAGUGUGAGAUGGGAGCUUCUGCCAGGGCAAAUUAUGCUGUACUUUGCUCAAAAGUAUGUGUUUUCAGCUCCAUGAAGCCACCUCGGGGUUCAAUUUCCUAACUUUUCUCUCGAGUGCAAGUCCAGGGCCAUGGACACCAGAACUAACUCCCCCUCCCCCCAAAAAAGGCUUGCAGCAUCUACUAGGGUUUCUUUUACUGCCAUAGGAGAGAACACAUGACUCAGCUUAUCCACAUGUAAGGGUGCCACUUAGGCAGGCCCAAAGGCAUGUGCUGCCAUCAUUACAGCCCCACAGCAAUUGUUCCUUUGCAUGCAACUUGCUGGACUAUGUGUUCUUGUUCCUAGAAAGAACCCACAUUGGUCUCAGGACAUGGCUCCUAGACAGGUGGUUGUUGAUGGUGGGACAUCUUACAUGCCUUGGCACAGCACAGGUAGACAGCAAAGCUGUCUUCCUCACUGCCAUAGCACAUAGUAACAUUAUCUACUCUUCUGGGGCCCAGAGAGCAUACCUUCACUGCAGCAUGAGAGAAGACUGCCUACUAGCCUGAGAGAGAAAAGCAGGGGCCUCAGUACCAGACCUCCUCCCACAAGGCUCUCUGAAGGUCCAAAGUUAUCAAGCCCCUCAACACAGCCACAACUGGAGGAUGGAGGUGGUCCUGUAGUCUGCUUCUUCCCAAGGUUCUGAGAGUCUGCAGUACCUGGCAUUCAAAGCCAAGUAGUGGAGCCUCUGUUCUGAAAUCUGACCUCGCUGGUCUGGAGAAACAAAAGGAUACUGGCAUUUCUCAUACUCUCCUCCAGAACCCCUAGUCCCCAUGUAGCUGGCAGUCUCUUGGUCUGAUGCUGUUCUUUUCUACUGCCUAUGAACAGCCCAGUUGCCACCAUCAUAGCUGAGUGAAAUGGAGCACACACAAAUUCAUCAGGAGGUGACUGCAUAUGGGCCAGGGCAGGUUAGGGUGGUGUCUAAGAGUUCCCAUAUCAGGCAGUGGGUCAGAUGUUUUCCUGACCCCAUAGUAGUCUAAGGACCCUGGACACAGUCUUCCAUUCAAAGGGCCAAGAUAAAAGAUUGAUAUCCAGAUGAGGACCCAGGCAAAGUCCAGGGUUAGCUGCCUGGGAGCACCUAGAAAACAGUGUUGCCUAUGAGCAUCUAGGAAACAAUGUUAAGUGUCCACCUUCAUGGGACCACCCAGCCUCAUGGAGAAGCUUCAUUAUCAACUGGCCACCUUGCCCAUGUGCUGGAGAUUAAACAGAACAGCUCAGAGUGGCAAGCCCAUAUAGGUUCUGGGCAGCAGAGGACCAGAACUGCUAUCUGAGCUCCCACAGGUAAAAGCCUCAGCAGGAGAAUAUAAAAACUUCAGAAAGCAUUUGGUCCAGACCAGACCUGGGCAGUUGUCCCAUCAGUGUGAGAUGGGAGCUUUUGUUCUAACACAACUUGGGCUCUGAAAAUGAAAACUGGGUCACACUGCCUUGCUGGUCCUCACUGUCCUAGCACAGAACCUGAACACCCUUGGGCCCCCGAGGGACAGUCUUAGGCCUUCCCAUGUAGUCCCUCAGCAGCACCCUGAAGGUAUGCCAGACAAGUGGUCUUCAUUGUGUCCCUUUUACUCCCAGAGUUUCCUCACACAGCACCUUCCUUUAGUCAGUGUUAAGUUUAACUUUGAAAAUACACCCUCCCUCUAGAUGAUAUAUCAUCUAGCAAGGAAAGGGUAGUAACAAUUAGAUCACGAAGACUCAGUGUCUCCAUACUGUCAGUUUAAAGUGUCUAUGGAAUGCGUUGUGGCAUCUGUGUACCCUCUCAAUACAGAAACUGGUUGGACUCCAACUCUUCUGCACAAAACAGAUGUGCAUUUUCCUCAGUUUCUGAUUUGAACACACAGGUAGAGUGUUUGUCUCUGUUGCAUGUUUUAUGCGAUACCAAUUAGCUUUUACUAAACAUGGAUAAAUAGAAUUCAGUAUCUGUGAAUAAAAAAAAAAAACAACCCUGCAUAGCAUGCAAACUGAGACCCAGAGCCAUGUGCUAUUAGAUGAUAGACAUACAAGAGACAGGGACAGGUUCUCUCAGGUGAUGACAACCAGGAGAUGACAUUUUUUUUCUGGAGCGGAUACCCAGGAGACAGAGACAUACUCUGUUGUGGGCUGAUACCCAGGAGACAAAAAAUAUACAUUCUUAUCAGGGGAGGACACUCAGGAGACAAAGACAGGUUCUCUUAAGGUGUGACAGCCAGAAAAUAAGGAGAGGUUCUGUUAGGGGCAACACUCAGGGACAUGGGUUAGAGUGACAGAGAAGUUCUGUUGGGGGUGACACUCAGGACAUGCUCUGUGUGGGGGUGUUGUAUACAGGAGGGGACAUUCAGGAGAAAGGUACGGGUUGCAGGAAGAACAACGUAGAUGGGAUCUUAAGUGUCAGGGAGGAAGGGAGGGAGGGAGGGGGUCUGAGAACACUGACUCUAGUGGAAUUCUUAUUUAUUUCUAUUUAAUGCUGUAAGAUAAGCAACUAGUUAGUGGGAAUGUUUUACCAAAAAUCAAAAUUCAAAUUACAUGUUUAAAUAUUGUUCAAAGUCUAUAUUUAUACUGGAGUAUUUUUACACCUUUCAGUAUCCUAUUACAUGGGGCAUAGGGACAUUAUGACAGAUGGAGAGAGUUCUGAAAUGGGCUGCACAGCCACCUCUGCCACGUUCCUGCAGUCUCUUCUAGGGAGAUGACAGGUGCCUGCCCUGGGCCGCUCCAGUUUGUUUCAAUGAAUAGUUUUACUAGCACACAGCUGUGCUCGGGUGUUUACAUCCUGUUCUGUAGCUGCUUUGGCAUUAGAACUGGCUGAGAGGAUCUAGACAAAUGCCAUGGCACAGACACCUAUGAUAUUUGCCACCUGUCCCCUUUCAGGGGAAACUGCCUGUCUGCCUGGCUAUCUCUCCAUCUGCAGACUUGUAUACUACCUGGCUACAGCAUGGGCACAUUGGGAAAACCCCGCCAACACCUUUUAAAAUGGCAAGGGUGACAAUUUAGCUGUACUGUGAAGACAGAAAAUCCUUCCAACACUGAGCCAAACUGCUCUUCUUCACCAACAUACUACUGACCAUUCUGAACUUUACACUUCAGGGGUGUGGCCAUCUUGGGACGCUUAAAUUAUCUCUUCCUUUAGACCUCUUAAACUAAACCAAGCCAAACAACAAAGGAAGCCUGUACAACUUAAACUUGAAAGGAAUAAUAUGCUACUACUACUAGUUUGUACUAAGUUUUUUUUCAAGAAAGGGAGUUAAGUUUAUAUAUAUAUAUGUGAUAUAUAUUUUUACACUAUUUUAUUAAUGUUAGGGAAUAUGGAGUAUAUCACUUUAUCAGUGUGAUGGGUAAUGUUGAUGUCAUGAGUGUUCUGACUCAGAAAGGCACUUAUGCUGACAUCUAUACCACACUUGCUCAGAAUGUCUGUCAGGUCAGGAUGGCCCUCCUGUCCCUCCUAUAGAGUACAAGGCAUCUUAGUCACCUGUUGGACAUAUCAUCAUGGCCUGGCUCGUAUUGCUUUAGUGAAACAGCUUGUAUCUAUCAACAUUUUGUUCAUUGUGUUUGCUGUUAUUAACAUUGUGUGUCAAGUUGGUAAAGUGAUGAAUAAAGGUGUUAAAAUGUGGA